AUGUGCAGGGAGAGCCUGGAGGGGUUCAUAGCGGAGCUGCAAAAGGGGGCGAAAUGGAUUCUGGGAUUGAUCGCGGGAGCUCUGGAGAUUGACGUGCAAGAGAUCGAAGAGAUGUUCGAGGAUGGGAUGCAGUCGUCGGUGAGGAUGAACUACAACCCGCCCUGCCCGGAGCCGGACAAGGUUAUCGGGCUGAUGCCGCACUCAGACGGGAGCGGCGUGACCAUCCUCCUCCAAGUCAACGGCGUCGAAGGCUUGCAAAUCAAGAAAGAUGGAGUUUGGAUGCCUGUCAAGUUCUUGUCGGAGGCUUUAGCGGUCAAUUUGGGUGACAUUGUUGAGGUGUUGAGCAAUGGAUUGUACAAGAGCAUUGAGCAUAGGGCAACAGUGAAUUCAGAGAAAGUGAGAAUUUCAAUAGCAAUGUUUUUCAACCCUAAUUUUGAAGCAAACGUGGGCCCAUUCCCAGCUCUCUUGGCUAAUCAGAAGCCAAUAUUUAAGACUAUGUCAAUGGAGGAGUUUGUUAAUGGCUUCUUCUCUAGGCUUCAUGGCAAAUUUCUAGACCUCAUGAGAAUAUAA